CAAUUGCAGGAAUGAAAGUGAAGAUGAAGAGGAUCGGGAGUGCUUAAAACAGGCCAUUACUGCUCUUCUGAACCUGCAGUGCAGCAUGGAGCGCAUUUACAGCAAACACUCCCCGAGACGUCGGCCCGGGGAGCCAGUCUGUCGCUUCUAUAACCGACAAAUAAGAAGCAAGCACUUGGCCAUCAAGAAAAUGAAUGAAAUCCAGAAGAAUAUUGACGGCUGGGAAGGCAAAGAUAUCGGGCAGUGCUGUAAUGAAUUCAUAAUGGAAGGUGGCUUGACGAAAAUAGGAGCCAAACAUGAACGGCACAUCUUUCUGUUUGAUGGUUUAAUGAUCAGCUGUAAAACAAAUCACGGUCAGUCACGGCUUCCCGGUUACAGCAAUGCGGAGUAUAGACUGAAGGAAAAAAUUGUCAUGAGGAAAAUACAAAUUAUUGAUAAAGAUGACACACCUGAAUACAAACAUGCUUUUGAACUGGUAUCUAAAGAUGAAAACAGUAUACUGUUUGCUGCCAAGUCAGCUGAAGAGAAGAGUAAUUGGAUGGCCGCUCUGAUUUCCCUCCAGUAUCGCAGUACUCUCGAUAGGAUGCUUGAUUCGGUGUUACUGCAAGAAGAAAAUGAACAGCCGCUGAGGCUACCCAGCCCAAACGUGUAUCGGUUUGUAGUGGAAGACUCUGAAGAUAACAUUGUUUUUGAGGACAACUUGCAAAGCAGGAACGGCAUUCCUAUCAUUAAAGGAGGCACGGUUGUGAAAUUAAUUGAAAGGUUAACGUACCAUAUGUAUGCAGAUCCUAAUUUUGUACGUACUUUCCUUACCACCUACCGGUCCUUUUGCAAGCCCCAGGAACUGCUGAGUUUACUGAUUGAAAGGUUUGAAAUCCCAGAGCCUGAGCCUACUGAAGCAGACAGGCUGGCAAUCGAGAAAGGGGAGCAGCCCAUCAGCGCAGACCUUAAGCGAUUUCGCAAGGAAUAUGUCCAGCCAGUACAACUCAGAAUAUUAAAUGUUUUUCGUCACUGGGUAGAGCACCAUUUUUACGAUUUUGAAAGAGAUCUGGAGUUACUAGAGAGAUUGGAGACGUUUAUUUCCAGUGUAAGAGGAAAAUCCAUGAAGAAGUGGGUGGAGUCAAUUGCUAAAAUCAUCAAGAGAAAGAAAGCUCAAGCAAAUGGAAUUAGCCACAACAUCACCUUUGAAAGCCCACCUCCCCCAAUCGAGUGGCACAUUUGGCGUGUUGGGCACAGUGAAACGCUGGACCUCAUGACUCUGCAUCCUAUAGAAAUUGCUCGACAGCUGACACUUCUCGAGUCCGACCUUUAUAGGGCAGUGCAGCCUUCUGAACUUGUUGGUAGUGUGUGGACUAAAGAAGAUAAGGAAAUUAACUCCCCAAAUCUAUUGAAAAUGAUUCGUCAUACUACAAAUCUUACUCUUUGGUUUGAAAAGUGCAUAGUGGAAACUGAGAACUUUGAAGAGCGAGUGGCUGUGCUGAGUAGGAUUAUAGAAAUCCUGCAGGUUUUUCAAGAUCUGAAUAAUUUCAAUGGUGUUUUGGAGAUCGUCAGUGCAGUGAACUCUGUGUCAGUGUACAGACUAGAUCACACGUUUGAGGCACUACAGGAAAGAAAAAAAAGAGUUUUGGAUGAAGCAGUAGAAUUAAGUCAAGAUCAUUUUAAAAAGUAUCUAGCUAAGCUCAAGUCAAUCAAUCCACCCUGUGUGCCUUUCUUUGGAAUAUACCUAACAAAUAUUUUGAAGACAGAAGAAGGGAAUCCUGACUUCCUUAAAAGACAAGGGAAAGAAUUAAUUAACUUCAGUAAGAGGAGGAAAGUGGCUGAAAUUACAGGAGAAAUUCAGCAGUAUCAAAACCAGCCUUACUGUUUACGGAUAGAGCCAGAAAUUCGGAAAUUCUUUGAAAAUCUCAAUCCUAUGGGGAAGAUACCAGAAAAAGAGUUUACAGAUUAUCUGUUCAACAAGUCAUUAGAAAUUGAACCUCGAAACUGCAAGCAACCGCCUAGAUUUCCUAGAAAAACAACAUACCCCCUGAAAUCUCCCGGGAUAAGGCCCAAUACCGGCAGACAUGGCUCCACCUCUGGCACCUUGAGAAGUCAUCCAUUGCCACUUGAAAAGGAACCAAGUAAGAUAAGUUUCAGUAGAAUCACUGAGACAGAGCAUGAAUCAACAGUAUCGGCACCAACUUCUCCGAACACACCGUCUACACCGCCGGUGUCUGCUUCUUCAGAGUUCAGUGUGUUCUUAGACAUUGAUCUCAACAGUUCCUAUGGUAACAAUAGCAUCUUUGCUCCCGUCAGUUUGCCACAGUCGAAGACUUUCUUCAGCUCAUGGGGUAGCUUUCCUAAACUAAGUGAUGAGCCUCAAAACCCUCCUCCACUUCCUCCACGAAAAAAGAUGGAUCAGGAUGCUUCUAAUGCUAAGGGAAGUUUAAAGUUGGAUGAUGAUCCUCCAGCAAUUCCACCUCGGCAGCCACCGCCUCCAAAGAUCCAGCCUCGUGCUCCUGCUUACACUAACCCCUUUGACCAGCCACUGCACAGUCCUCCUCCUCCACCCCCCCGGGACCCUCUUCCGGAUACUCCACCACCAGUACCGCUCCGCCCGCCCGAACACUUUAUCAACUGCCCUCUAAACCUCCAGCCACCACCCCUGGGACGCUUACACAGAGAUCCCGACUGGUUCCGGGAGGCAAGCACAGGCCCCAGCUCUCCCAGCACCCCUCCCAGCACGCCCUCUCCCAGGGUACUGCGCCGCUGCUGCGUGAUCAGCGCCAGUCACAACAACCUGGUCCACCCGCCUGCGCCCCCCAUCCCACCCCGGCACAAUUCGAGCCCUCAGUUACCAAAACUGCCACCAAAGACUUACAAAAGGGAGCUCUCCCACCCUCCUUUGCACAGACUGUCUUUGCUAGAAAAUGCAGAAACUCCUCAAUGACCUUAGCCAUAGUAGUCAUUGACACUGGAAUAGUAUUUGUAAAGUUCCUUUUUUUUUUUAUUUAUUCAAAAAAGGCAGUGUAUUUUAGUACUUUCACAAAUUAUGCUCUUAAAGUGCUGCUGAUCAAAAAAAAAAGUUUAAAUUGGAAAAAUAAGACUACACACACUCUAGCCUGCGUCUGUUCGACAGCAUUACCCUCAGGUGAUCAGCAGCAUUGCCUUGUUUCACAUCCUCAGUGCCGACAGU